AUGCAGCUCCUCGUAGGGCUCAAUGCCUCUCAGAGAGCUGCAGUGACCUCGCCAGCAUCAGUCCUCCAAGUCCUGGCUCCCCCCGGGUCCGGCAAAACAAAGACGUUGACGUGUCGUGUCGCGUAUCUUAUUGCCCACUACGGCCACAACCCUCAAAAUGUCAUCUGUUGCACGUUCACCAUCAAAGCCGCACGAGAAAUGCGGGAAAGGCUGAGAGACCUUGUCGGGUGCGAACUCGAGUCAAAGCUGGUUCUCGGGACUAUCCACUCCAUCUGUCGACGUUACCUAGUCGCAUACGGCCAUCUGAUUGGAAUACCCAAGGGCUUUGGGAUUGCCGACAGUUCGGACAGCAAUAGCAUAAUCAAGCGCAUCCUCAAACGUCUCAAGCUGUCAAUAGAACCCAAAAAUGCAAGAGGCAGAAUUUCUAGUCAUAAGGCCAAAGGGAAAACAUUGCAAGACCUGCCCAAGAAACCACCCAAGGAACUCAAGGAACAAGAGUUCAUAACCAUCUUCCACGAGUAUGAAGCAGCAUUAGCAACAUCCAAAAUGCUGGACUAUGACGACCUGCUCUUACGAUGUGUUGAUCUUCUGCGAGCGUAUCCGGCCUGCGUGUCCAACAUCGAAGCGUUGUUGAUUGACGAGUUUCAAGACACCAACAUUGUACAGUUCGAAUUGAUGAAAUUGCUGGCGUCGGCAAACAGAAAGAUAACCAUUGUUGGUGAUCCAGACCAGAGCAUUUAUGGAUUUCGAUCUGCGGAGAUUGAGAAUUUACGACGAAUGAAAGUCUUUUACCCGGAGACAGUGGUCAUCAAUCUAGAGGAAAAUUAUCGUUCUGCUUCGGCCGUCCUGAAACUUGCCCAGGAUGUCAUUGAACAAGACAGCGACCGUCCGCAGAAGAAAAUGAAAGCGACUCACUGUCAUGGAAGUCAGCCAGUGCUUCGGCGUCUACCCAAUCCAAAUGAGGAGGCCUUGUGGAUUGCUAGCGAGAUCAAGAGGACGAUGACCAUGACUGGUGGUCUACUUUUGCACUCUGAUAUUGCCAUCCUCCUCCGAUCAGCGUAUCUUUCGUUGCUUAUCGAACGAGCGCUGGCAAACGCUGGCAUUCCCUACCGGAUGGUUGGUGGCCAACGCUUCUUUGACCGCGUGGAAAUUCGAAUCAUCAUCGACUACCUCCGCACAAUCAGCCAUCCUGACAACAAUCAGGCUUUCACUGCCAUUAUAAACACGCCGGCACGCAAGAUUGGAGAUACCUCAGUUGCUGAGAUGAUCAAGCUCGCGGAAGAACAUAAGCUCUCACUCUGGGCUGUAGUGCAGAAGGUUCUCACAGGAGAUUUAACACCCGAGAAGAGGCUUUCGAAGCCUGCAGAGCAGGAGCUGGGCCGCCUGGUGAACCUCAUUAGAACCGGCCGACAAAAGCUGAAUACCGUCCAUCCUGCCGCUACUGUUCCCUCGAAGCUGAUUGAUUUUGUCGUGGAAUCUUUGGAUUUUGAGAACUAUUUGAAGAAGAAAUACAAGGACGACCACGAGGACCGACUUGAGAACGUCAAAGAACUCAUCACGCAUGCCUCUGAAGUUCUGCUACAGAGUGCCACUGAAGAACCUCUUGCGACUGUUGAAGGUGUGGAACAGCAGGUCUCUAACGGGGGCCAGGAAGUUCUUGCUCAAUUUCUGGCAAAUAUUGUGCUCUCAACUGAUGUUGAGAAUACCGAGGAAGGAAAGGACAAGCCUCGUGUCACCAUUUCAACUAUUCACUCAGCAAAAGGUCUGGAGUGGCCCGUCGUAUUCAUCCCAGCUGUCUAUGACGGUUCCAUUCCUCAUUCUCGAGCCGAGAACACCGAUGAGGAACGUCGACUACUGUAUGUCGCCAUGACACGAGCUCAGGCUCUUCUCACCAUGACUUUUCCCGUGAUGCAAUCCCGGGAUCAAGCCGAAUCCGUUCUCUCCCAGUUUCUCCCUCUCAAAGUCCAACGUCAUCUCUCUCAAGUCGGUCCACUGUUCCACGAUCGAGUGAUUGAGGACAUUGCAAGCAUUCUUCGGCGGCCUAUGCCAUCCCAGGAAGACUUAGCAAAGAAUUUGGAGGGCAUAAAGGGCGAAGAAAGCCCAGCCGAUGACAUUUGGCCUUCCGAUGGGAGCCGCCGACCCACGCCGAUGCUUCCUGGCGCCACAGAUGGCACUACAGAGUUUGGGAGGCCAUUGGCAGAGGUCCUUGCUGCCCAAAAGCAACAAUCUCGGGGUUACUCGAGUUAUGCCAGACCAAACGCUAUCUCUGGUUCUGCUGGCUCAGGAUUGGUAACCACUAUGGCCAAUGUCGAUGCGCUCUCUACAUCAAACAUGUCUCUUGGCUUCACCACUGCUAGCUAUCAGCUAAAAACUAGUGUCUCGAGCCUCCGGAGGGCUUCGUCUGAUGUUGUCCCACCUGCGAAGAAGCCAAAACUUUCAAAAUCCCUUUCAGGGCAGGGCACUAUCGGAAGCUUCUUUUCGAAGCCUGCUUCCCAAGCAUCUCAGCAGCCGGGAUUUUCGACGGUGGGAUCGCACGUUGGGCCCGUGCAUCAAAGUAGAUCCAUGGACGGUGGAGGCACGUUUUCUGAUCAAGGCUGUGAGGGCCGCGAUCUUGCCAAGCGCGGCAUCCCUGAGGAGUUGUCUUCGCACAGACUAAAUUUCCGUAACGGCAUAGUUCAAGGACGUCCUACACCUCUGAAGGAAGCACGCGCAGAAUCUAAGAAUCGGUAUGCCGGCCUUUACAGCUCAUCACCUCCUCAAUCCCCCGUACAAAAGCGGGAAUCCCAUGUUCCAGAUGCUGCUGCUGGUGAGAAUCAAAAUUGGAAGGAUGCAGCGGCCCCAAAGACAUUAACGAAUUACUCCCUCGCCAAGCCGGCCAGUACUUUGCACAAGACCACCAUGUCUUCGAUCGGCGGUGGUGGUUCACCAAGCUUUUCUUCAGGAGCUGUGAGGAAGACACUUGGGGUUAGACGUACCAUGAAUGGGUGGGAGAAUAGGAAGAAUCGGUGA